GAGGAGAUGGCCAAGGCCCGGAAGGGUGCCGAGGAGAAGGCCGCGCGGCUGGAGGAGGGGCACAAGGAGUGCGAUCAGCUGAUCCUGCAGACCGACACACUUGCCCUCCGCCUCUUUCCGGACUCGCAGAGGUAUGCCGUCAAGAAGGUCGACGCGCAGCGCAAGGACAAAGGCCAAGCGGAUCUUACCGUGCCAUGGACGCCCAAGGACCAUCUGGUCGCGCUUAACGCGCGGGUGUCCCAUAUGCGCUGCAUAGACCGCAAUCUUUCGGACAUCCCUGAUGUAGCUACCCAGCUAUACAGGACUUUAUGGCCUGGCGAGGAGGUGCCGGACACCUUCUCCCUCAUCAACGACCGUCUGAAAGGUGCCGGCAGGAGGAUCCGCGAGUGGCAGUGCUCUGCUGCCCGCGCUGGAGCGGACUCCGCCCUCCGCGUCGCCUUGCCGGAGGCCCUAAGGGAAUUCCUUGGCGAUGAUUAUAUCAACUUCUCCGGUGCUGCCAUCGGUAACAAUGUGAAGAUGCUCAAGUAA